UUUGUCGAGUGCGACCGGAAGUGGCCGUAAAUUCAAACAAUCGUUACAUUCAGAAUAAAUGCGAUAUUUUUAAUCCGCAUCUGUGUGCUUUCAUACCCCAGACAUUUACGAAAGUUUCAGGUACCAAACAGCUUGAAGUAAAAAACAGCAGUACUGAAGAUAACAUGGCUGAUCAGGGCGAUCCUUUCACUGAUGAUGGUGAGUCCAGUGAAGAGAACAGUCACUCUGACCCUGAGAUGAAGACGUCUGUCGGUCUGAAGGAGCUGCAGGUUUGUGUGACAGACAUCAAUGUGGCACAGCCUGAUGACGCCAACGGAGCCUCAGUGAAACGAGGGAGAGGGAGGCCAAAGGGUUCAGUCAAUAAAGCAAAAAUAAAUGGAGAAAAUAGUCCCAAGAAAAGGGGCCGUCCGAAAAGCUCCACGGUAAAGGCUGCUGCAGGAGACAUGAAUGGUGGUGCGGCCAAAAGACCAAGAGGGCGUCCUAAAGGCUCAGUCCGUAAUGUAGACUCCAGUGGAGAAGAGAGCGACGACAGCUUUUCUCCCCCCCGAAAGAGGGGACGACCAAAGGGAUCCUUCAAGAAGCCCAAAUAUGAGACAGAAAACAGCAGUGAAAAUGAAGCAGUACAGAGUACACCUAAGAGAGGACCUGGGAGACCAAAGAAAGGUCCUCCAAAAAGGGGAAGGCCAAAAAAAAUAUCUCGGGAGGGAGUAAAGAAACCAGAACCAGCAGCAGAUGGCACACAGCCUUCUCAUAAAAGGCCAGGCCGACCGAAGGGCUCAAAAAACAAACCAGUAGUGACUGUGAGAGUGGAAAAUACCAGUGGUCGCCCCAUUCGAGCUCAUGUCCCACCUGACAAACUUAACAUUUCCCUCCCCAGAAAAUACCCGGGGAAGGGUCGUGGUCGGCCAAAGAAAAGCAACAGAGGUCGACCAAGGAAGAGGCCUCUGCCCCCAGGAGAGGAGCUAUACCAGCCCCGAGUGUGGAAAGCUCUGGGGCGACCCCGAAAGUACCCCAAAGAGGAGCGUCCUGAGACAGCACCUGCUCUUGACACCCCUCGCAGGGGGCGUGGGAGACCCCGGAAAUCUGAAUCUAAGAAAGGCGCUCAUUUGAGAAAGCUCGACAGCGACGGUUUGCCCAGAAAAGCAGAGCAUCCUCCUAAAGCAGCAAAAGAGCAGGAUGGUCCCCCGAGAAAGAGAGGGCGUCCCAAAGGCUCUUUCAAAAACAAAACCUACAUCGACAACAGUUCAGUGAAAAUGUCUCAUGAUUCAGAUCACAGCCCGCAGUCUGAGCCCCUGGAAGAGGACGACAUUGAGUAAAGACUUUUGCACAUUUUUAAAUUUGGCUCAAAGAGUAGAAGCUCUUCAUUUUAAAUGUGCUUUAACCUUUGUUUCUCCAUUGUGUUAAUGUGAGGCCUUCAUGAACUCUUUAGAAGGACAUUGUUUCAUGUUAGUGACUCUUCAUGUUUAUACGUAGUGUUCAUGUUUUAAUGUUCUUAAGCUCCAUAUUCAAAACAUGAUGGAAAAGGUAUGCAUUGGAGAAUGAAGUAUGUAUUGCCUUAGUUGCCAAAGCCUUGAAUGUAAUGUUAGGAGGUUUUUAUUAACCAAUUUUAUGUCUUAUGGAAAAACUCAAAAUCACUUUAACCCUUUGAAUUGCAGUACUAUGACAAUUUUCUCUUAACCAUAUGUUCUUUGAUUUUUGUUAAGGUUUGUGUUUAAAAAAAUCAAAUUUUUAAAUUCAUUGAACAAAUGUCUUUAGAAGCUGCAUAUUUCAUUAUGUCAUAGUCAUUGUAAUUGGGUACAAGAUUUAAAUUAGUGCAAUUAAAUCAUGAAAAGUUCUGAGAGACUGAAAUGACUGAUUCAUCCCAUAUGGCAUGUCAGAUUAAUUUAAAUUGAUUUGAUUUAAAGUGGCCAUAUUUUAGAUUUUGUAAUAUUCACAUGGAAAAAAACAAUUUGUGAGAUUACUGAAAUAAAAAAGAAAGACAUUUUUUUUAAAUUUGUCAUACAUUUGA